AUGGACGGGGCACGCACGGAACCGGAGCAGGCGGCYGGAGSGCUGGGCUGCGAGUGCCAGGAUGAGAAGGAGAACAUGCUGCUGAAUACACAGCACUUUGUGGUAGAUGCUGAUGCUGUUGGUGGCCACCAUGCCAGGAGCAGUGCACCACCUGCAUUCUCAAGCACAGACAGACAAGAAAAAGUUGAGGAUAACUUGGCAACAGAAGAUAGGAACAGCUCUGUAAAGAAGGUGGAAGAAGAUGGGAGUUGCAGUACCCUGCAAGCACCUGGGUCAUCUUCCCAAGGCUUAGUGGUACUUGAUGGCCAGCGCAGCUUUGCCUCGGUAUGUGGGCAACCGUCAGAUUUCUGCAGUGACACAAAGGCUGUGGACCUGCUUCCUGUGGCUGGAUUAGUACAGGAGCCCACAGGUCAGUCAGGGCCACAUGAAUAUGGUGAGAAUCRCUACCCUGCUGGUGCUGAAAAGGAGGCAAAGAAGGAAAAAACUACCAACAGCAGUGGAAUGUACACUGAGAAAGAAUCCGGUGGAACAGCUGGAGCUCCCUGCAGGCAGGAGAUCGGCCCAGCCCCUCACCAAUCCAAAGGUGCUCCAGCCAGCACUUCAGCUCAGGAUUCCUUCAAGGGGUCUUCAGUCCUGCACUCCAGAGGCAGCCACCAUGUGGCCAAGGGGAAAAAACCCUUACCCAUCAAAAAGAAGCCCCGCACCUUCUACAGCACAGAUACUUCCCAUCUCUCUCUCUCUUUGGACAAUUCAUUAUUUCUAGAGCAGCUAGAAGAGUUGGAGAAGAUGUUUCAGGAAGAUCACUACCCUGACAAUGAAAAGAGGAAGAAUAUUGCAGCUGUGGUYGGUGUGACACCACAGCGUAUCCUGGUCUGGUUUCAGAAUCGCAGGGCAAAGUGGCGGAAAUUGGAGAAGUUGAGUGUGAAAAGCAAUAGAAAAUAUCCAGCAUCAUCAGCUCUGCCAAUGCCCUUUGGAUCAGAGGGUUAUGGGGCACCUCCUCUGCCCGUGCCUCCAUUGCCUGUGGCUGCUGGAGACCAGCCUGCUGUGCUGGGAGGAGAUUCUGGAGCAGGGAACUCCUCCAGCCUGCUCAGCACACACCCUGCACCCUGCRCCUCCACCCCAGCCUCCUCGGUGGCAGGAAUGGUGGCCYCUUGUGAAGCACAAGCUCAGACCGAGGCGCUGCCACAGCCCCACGUCAAUUCCAGUGGCGUGGCGUGCUUCCCUAGUCUCUCCAGCCCUCCUCCCAUCCGCAGGGCCAGCCUGCCACUCAGCCUGGCCUUCGAUCCUCAUGGCCACAUUGGUCCCCUGAUGCUGGACACGCCCAGCAGUGAAUGCAGCCUGACCAGUCAGGAAAACGGCUUCAGGGAAACCUUCACUUACGGCAUGCAGAAUCAAGGUUUCACCUCACCAGUUUCCUGCCCUUACCCUGAGCAGCUGGAGCCUGCAGGCAACUUGGAGACSACCUACCAUCAGUAUGGCAGCCAGGGGGAGAUGUACCAGCUCUCCCAAUUCUGCCCUCCAGGUCACCUGGCCAGCUAUGUGUUCUCCAGUGAGCACCUCCCUCCUCCAACACCCCUGGAGCCCUAUCCAGCUUUCCCUGCCUCACCUGCUAACAGUGGAGCCAUAACCUAUGGAGCCACACAAGGCUGUGUACAAAACCACACAGUGGGGACGCUCAUGCCAACUGGAAAUUCAGCUUUUCCCUCAGCAGAUGUCCCUGUCUAUCCAGCUGUGUCCUGGAGCGAUUUCUACAUGGAGGGAGCUCCUUAUUCCAAUCAGCUGCAUUCCCAAAUGCCUUUUUCUAGCACGGCUGAAGGACAGUAUUUCACAGAGCCAUACCUUCUUCAAGGURUGCCCAAUGGAACAGCACUGGAAUCCAUGGCACAGACUGGAAAACAAAAGGGGAUGACGCCACCAGACCAGACUUCCUACCAGAGCCACCAAGCAGAGUCAGAGUUGACAGCCCUUGCUGAAGAAGAGGAUGUAGAGAGCAGCAGCAAGAAAGCAGAGACUAUUGUUGAAACUAAAGAAGAAACUAAUGACUGAUGCUGCACUCUGAGGAAAAAAAAAGGAAGAGGAAAAAUUGCUAUUUUAAUCUCUGCAGAAUAAGAAAAGUCAAAAAGAAAAACAAGAAUAAUAACAUUUGCAACAGAUGCACUUUUUCAAUUCUGUUUUUGGUUUUAUUUUUUUUUCUUGUUGCCAUGAUUACUUUCUUGCUGAAGAAGA